AUGAUUGAAGAUACUUAUAUCUCAGUGAAGCCAUAUAGGAUGUAUUACAUCAGUGAAACAAAUAUAACAUCACCUCCACCAUUCAAAUCAUCAUCCUCAUCAUUUUCUCGCAAACAUAGCCAAACUCAUCCAUUCUAUUGGUUUCAUCUCAGUAUUAUCGAAUCUUUAGUAUUAUUAGGUUCAGUAUAUCUCACUAAUCAAUUCCCCAUCAUAAAUUUCACUAUAAAUCGAUUUAUAAAUGAAUUAUUAAUCUAUCCUAAUAUCAUAUUAUUAGUAUUAUUAAUUAUAAAUACCAUCUUUGAUAAUAUACCUUUUUUCAAUAAAUGUAUGGAUAUAUUUAAAUUAAUGUUAUUUCAAUUUUAUGUGAUAUUAAUGUUUAAUGGUCCAUUAAAGAAUUUCAAUCAUGGUAUAAUCAUUACUUCAUUAAUUAACUUUGUUUAUUUUUAUCAUGAUUUAAUAUUAUAUCUUCAUCAACAACAAUCAAAUCCAAAACCUUUCACUUAUGUUGUUAUGGUAUGUUUAGGAUUAAUUAGUUUUUAUGAAUGUUGGGAACUUUUAUUACAUUUUUCCAAUUUGAUUCAUUUUAAUGUUGGUGAACAUGUUAUAAGUUAUGUGUUUCCAUUAAGUAUUGUAAUCAUCAUUGUGAUUAGUGUAUACUUUUCUGAUGACGAUGAAGAAGAUGAUGAUUAUGAUCAUAAUGAUCUUGAACGUAAACCAUUACUUCAAGUUUAG